UUUUGGGUUCUUUCCGUUUGCCUUACGAAGAAAUAAAAAAUAUAAUUUUAGAGGUUGAUGAAGAGAAGCUGAGUGAAUCCUUGAUUCAGGCUGUAAUGAAGAAUCUUCCUGAGCAGAAAGAACUCAAUGCCUUAGCCGAAUUAAAGGAUGAAUAUAAUGAUCUUGCUGAGCCAGAACAAUUUGGAGUUGUGAUGAGCUCAGUGAAAAUGUUGCGGUCACGUCUCAAUGGGAUCCUUUUCAGGCUCACGUUUGAAGAGCACGUAAACAAUAUCAAACCUGACAUUAUGGCAGUUACGCUGGCUUGUGAAGAGCUGAAGAAGAGUGAAAGCUUUAGUAAGCUUUUAGAGUUAGUGCUGUUCCUUGGAAACUACAUGAACUCUGGCUCCAGAAACGCACAGUCUCUUGGUUUUAACAUCAGUUUUCUUUGCAAGAUUCGAGAUACGAAGUCAUCAGAUCAGAAAACAACCCUAUUGCAUUUUCUGGCAGAAAUCUGUGAGGAGAAUUACCGGGACAUCUUAAAAUUUCCAGAUGAAUUGCAGCAUGUUGAGAGUGCAAGUAAAGUUUCAGCCCAGACUCUGAAGAGCAACCUUGAUUCAAUGAACCAUCAGAUCCAGCGCCUAGAAAAUGACAUUAAGAAUUUCCCUAAAACACAAGAUGAACAUGAUAAGUUUGUAGAAAAGAUGAGCAGCUUUGCUGAGAGUGCCCGAGAACAGUAUGAAAAAUUGUCCAACAUGCACAACAACAUGACUAAACUGUAUGAAAAUCUGGGAGAAUACUUUACCUUUGAUCCCAAAACAAUAACCAUAGAAGAAUUCUUUGGCGAUCUGAGCAACUUCAGAACUCUGUUUUUG